AUGGUCGCGGAUACGAGCUACUACGAUGCCCUCGGCGUGCCGCCCACGGCCACCGAACUCGAAAUCAAGAAGGCCUACCGCAAGCUAGCCAUCGUCACUCACCCUGACAAGAACCCUAACGAUGAAACCGCACACGAACGCUUCCAGGCCAUUGGCGAAGCCUACCAAGUUCUGAGCAACGAAGAUCUACGAAAGCGAUAUGACAAGUUCGGCAAGGAAGAGUCUGUACCUGGUGGUGGUUUCGAGGAUCCAUCUGAGUUCUUCAGCAUGAUCUUUGGUGGUGAGGCUUUCGUUGAUCUUAUCGGCGAGAUCUCUCUCAUGAAGGACCUAACUGCAACCAUGGACAUCACCAUGCAGGAGAUGGAGGAGGAAGAAUUGGCCCAAUCGGCGGAGGAGAAGCUGCACAUCCACGACGAGGAGCUGAAGGCUGCAGGUGGCGAUCCAGCUAUGGCUUCCGAAACCCACACUUCCGCAACUGGAGCUGCAGCUGCAUCCGCUGGUCCCGCCGAGAAACGAACUUCCGAGCAGAGCUCUGGCACCAGCACCCCACGACGGAACUUCGGCCAGCAGGCACUGAUGGAGAAGUCCGAGGAAGAGGCGCGCAUGGAGGCAGCUGGUCUGUCCCAAGAGGAGAAAGAGCUGCGCAAGAAGGAAAAGAAGAAGGGCCUGUCCCGGGAGCAGCAGGAGCGUCUGACCGCUUUCGAGGAAGAGCGGAAAAAGGCUCGUGAGGAGCGUGUCAACACUCUGGCCAACAAGCUCAUUGACCGACUGAGCGUGUGGACCGAGACGGACAAGGGUAAGGAUGUAUCUCAUGCCUUUGAAGAGAAGAUCCGCCUAGAAGUCGAGAACCUGAAGAUGGAAUCAUUCGGUCUGGAGAUCCUCCACGCCGUUGGUCAGACAUACGUUCAGAAGGGUACUUCCUUCCUCAAGUCACAGAAAUUCCUUGGUAUUUCUGGUUUCUUCUCUCGGCUGAAAGACAAGGGCACUCUUGCCAAAGAGACUUGGACUACUAUUUCCACGGCCAUUGAUGCGAAGAUGACCAUGGAAGAGAUGGCCAAGAUGGAAGAACGAGGCGGUGAAGACUGGACCGAUGAGAAGAAGGCCGAGUACGAGAAGAAGGUUACUGGCAAGAUUCUUGCGGCUGCUUGGCGUGGCAGCAAGUUUGAGAUCCAGAGUGUCUUGCGUGAUGUUUGUGACCAAAUUCUGGACACCAAGCGAACUCGACUGGAGAAGUGCGUUGAGCGUGCGCAUGCGCUGGUGAUUGCCGGAAACAUAUAUGCCAAGGCCGCACGCGAUCCCGAGGAGGAGGGCGAUUAUAUGGCCUUUGAAGAACUGAUGGCCGAGGCCAUGAGCAAGAAGGGCAAGAAUGAGAAAAAGAAGAAGUCUAAGCACGGCCACGAGGAGGGACACGAGACCAUGGAGGAGGCUACCGCCUAA